AUAGUACAUUCUCUCAGAUACCGUGUAUCCCUCGUAUAUUACGCACGUGUGCAAUAUGAACAAAAUAAUAUUCAUCGCUUUAACUAUAUGUAUUUACGAAGUUUAUUCGUAUGAUUACGUUAAUAAAUAUGAUGAAAACAAUGGUGAUAAGAAAGAUUCUGAAUCUGAAGAUUAUUGGGGUGAUCCGGAAAAUUUAGAAAAGCCAUCGUACAAUGUAAACGAAGCCCCGGAACUGUUCAAGAAAUUUAUUACGGACUACCAGAGGCAGUACAAAGAUGAGUCCGAAUACAAUCUGCGUUACACUUACUUCGUGCAGAACUUGAAGGACAUUAUUGAACUGAACGCUAAAAACAAACAUUCCUCAUCUGAUAUAAACAUGUUCGCGGACUACUCGCCUUCUGAAUUGGCGUCGCUCGGAUAAAGAUUGACAAGAUUCGAACGCUGACACCGCAGUGAAGAAAGACCCAGUGAAAUUAAUUAAAUACAUCAUUAAAAAUAAAAGCUCGUCUCAUUCUUUUACUUUUAUACCUGCGAUAA